AAUGCUCAGCAGACGGGUCAGAGGUGCGUCGCCAUGGCAACCGGCAUCAAAGGGUGACGGUGAUAAUUAGCCGGGCCCAGGUGCUCAUUUAAUUCCCGUUUGCAAACUAUUUCAAAGAGAAGUGAAGCCGGGAGCGCGUCGGCCGUCCGUCCGGAGGGAAUAGUUUAGCGCUCAGACACAGCGCCUGACACGACCGGCAGAGCGGAGGGAACCGGGUGUCUUUGGCUUCCACAACAUCAUCUAGAGGAGCGGAUGAGCGAGAGCAGCGACCGGUGCCCUCGCCCCGGCCCCGAGAGACACAGGUAGGGGCUGGGGCUGAGACUGGGACCCGGCCCCGAGAGACACAGAUUGGUGAAUCUGUAAAAUGCCUCAAAAAGUUCUCAAGUGCGUCAUUCAACUUGAAAUCCACGCGAUAACCUGUCCAGGUGUGAUAUUACCAAGGAAAGAUGAUGUGUACCUCAGUAUUUGUAUCCUUGGUCAGCGCUGGAAAACAAAAUGUGUUAUUCCAGUUUUCCCUUUGCUUAUUCAUGAAAAACUGCAAUUUGAAAAGGUGUUUGGGAAAGAUAUUAUUGAUCCUGCUGAUGUGGCUGCUUUUUUAGAAUGUGAUAAUACAACAUUCGAAUUGGUCCAGUUCACUUCUUCAGUGAAUGAAACAUUAGCAAGCUAUGAAGAUAAUACAAGAAACUUCUUAUUCCCUGAACCGAAGUUAACUCCUUCAUACCCAGGUGUUGACAGAGAAGUGCUGAUGCGCCGAUGUUCAACAGUUUUCUUAAUUUCACCAAAAUUGGAAUUUUCUACAACAACAACAAUCACAGAGUUUUCUCCUAGAUCUACAAAGAGAAUUUCCUCUAGUUUAUGCCUGUCAGAAAAUGGAAGAAAAGAGAAUCAAAUUAGAAGACCAAGAUGUGCCAAAUCAUUUAACCUGAUAGGAAGAUCAUGCACUGAAAGGAGGUCUGAUAAGGAACCCAAGAAGCCACUAACACUGAGCAGGUCAAGAUCCCUUUCUCCUUACUGUAGGAGGUGUUUACUUGAACUUUGUCGAGAUGAUACGCAGCACCCUCCACCACAAAAGUCAGAAUCUAUAUCCAGGCGACCUUUUAUGAUCGAAACUUGUGACAGAAGGAAGUCAGAGAAGUAUACUUCUCCACUCUCAAGCCUCCCACUUGAUAAAAGCCCAAGAGCCAGACCAAGAACUGCAAGUCCAGCUAGAUGCAAUCGAGAUGUUUGCUUACCAAGAUAUAGUGCAAACAAGAGUUCAAGUUUCAGAGAACCUGUUAGUUGGGAAGAACUGUCUAAAGAUACAGAGGAUCUUAUUAGUUAUCCAAUGGAUUCAACUUUAAGAGAUAAUUCAAAUGUUCAUUCCUCACCCUCUAUCUGUUCACAAAGAAAAGCACCCAGCAAUAUGAACAGGCUUUAUUUCGAUCCAGUGAGUCACCCUGCAUGGGAUAGAAUCCAUGAAAAAGUACAAAAUCUUCUGGCUAGUAUUGAUGCACAGGAAAAGGCCUCCGCGAGGAAUGUUAAUUUCACUUGCUCGUCAUGUUCAUAACAAGACCCGAGAGAAAAAAGCAGGAAAUGCUAUUAAAGACAGACUACUACGAACAAGAUCCUCCUGGAUACAAUGGUCCUACAGGACAUGGACAAAUAAAUAAGCGUAAUUCUGUCAACAAUGUGUAAUGUAGUUCUCUUAUCAGCUAUUAUUUCACAUUCAGUGAACUGUUGUGGGUAAUAUAAAAUAUUAUUGCUGUACACUGAUACUCUGGAUUUGAAUAACUGGUUUGGCUUCAUGUCAAAUGGAUUUUUAAGUUAUUUUUUGGUUUGUUAAAUUAAGUUAGAUUAGGUAAUUAACUGCAUCAAUAUGGAAUGUUAGGAAUUGCAAUGUUAUACUGCACCAAUAGGGCACAACAUUCCUGAUGGUUUCAUGUCCUCAAGAGGCCUAAUUGCUGAUUAAUGUUAGUUGGCAAAAGACAACAGACUAAACCAGCAGUAGCUUGUCAGCUCAGCAAUGUUCAAGGGCCACUCAAUAUAUAAUCCUUUCUAACUAAAGGAUUUGCUGACUUAAUAUACCAACUUUAAUGCAUAGCUUUUUUAGGUGGCUCUCUUUAAAACAAGGGCAUGCAUUCCGUGCUUAUUUAUGGACUGUCAGACAAAGAAUGGAAUGGGUGGCUUAUUUAAUUCGCAUCACUACCAAAAGCCAAGAAUAUCUCUUCCCUAGCCUUAAGUAAUUUAUAGCAUCUGCAGUUAGCUGAAAAGCUGACUGCCCAAUUUUCUCUCAUCUCAAUCUUGGUUUAGUUCUGGGUAUUCUACUACAAGCCAGAAUAUUAAAAUUAUUGCAACAUUUGCAAUACCAAUUAAUUUACUUGCCCUCCAUUUUAUAACAUUUGCAAGAUUUUACUUUCUGAUUAUUUUGAAAAUAAAAUAUCUUUUGGGCCCAAAUAUAUUUCAAUGCAGGAUGUCAUAAGACACAUUCAUAAUCAAGUGCAAUAAUGAAUUUAGUUGUUUUGUUAUUAUGAUACCAUGGUUUGAGAUACAGGAGUUAUUUUGAGUGGGGAAUAGGCAGAGCAGGAUAUUGAGGAUCACAAACCGAUAAUGCCCAAUUCAGAGCAAGCAGUGUUGUGCUGGUGCUAACCAUGGCUCACCAUAUAACCAUAUUUGCUGGGAUAUUAGCCCAAGGCUUGCUCUUCUCAAAUUGUGCAGUGCAGGAGUUGUGAAGCUGAGGUUCUGUGCAUAAAUUGUGAGAAAUUCUUGGGAAGUGCUCAAAUAUUGUGCAAACAUAAUUUCUAUUGGUUUUAUUGACCUGUUCGGUAUUCACUGGAGGAACAGAACAUUAAAACAAUCCAUUAUUUGCUUUUUAUUUAAAAAAGUGAUUGUUGGAAUUACUGUGCAGAUUCAGAUUCAGCAUCUGUUCCAGCUGGAACCUGGUGCAAAAAGAAAACUGUUGGAGGAAUGCAGUGGGUCAAGUAGGCGAGUUCCUCCAUCAGUUUUUUUUUCUGCUCCAAUCUACUAUUUAACUUGCUUUGUUGUUGUUUCAAAUCUUUAUUUGAAAUAAGUUCAGGAGAAUCAGCAUGAUCUGCAAAUUCUUUGCAUUUUAUUUUAUUCUUAUUGCCAUCAAUAUAAAACGAUUCAAUCCCAGAAGAUUAGUUGUCUACUGGAUCUCAUCAGGAGGCCACAUCGAAUUUAGACAGCAGCUGGAGAGUUAUAAAAUGUGUUUUGAAAGUAGUUGCUGGAGACCAGGUGAACUGUUUCAGAGUAACUGGACGAGCUGCAAGGGGCAAAAUGAAUGGAAAUGUGUGGAGGAGCAUAGUGAUUCCCACGUUAAAGAUAUCAUAUAUUUCCACUUGCCUGAAUUUUCCUACUGCUAGAAUGAGAAUGCAGAAGGUUCGACCUAAUCCGACCUAUUCUGUGCAGAUUCAGAUUAUAAAAAAAUCAGCCAGGUCAGUGAUACCAUCAGAAUCUGAUUUUCAUAGUUAUAGAAGACUCCCAUCAUUUUAGAAUAUAACAGAAGGAAGGGUAUUAGAAAUAGCCAGUUAGAAACAUAGAAAAUAGAUGCAAGGGUAGGCCAUUCGGCCCUUUGAGCCAACACCGCCAUUCAAUAUGAUCAUGGCUGAUCAUCCAACAUCAGUACACCAUUCCUGCAUUUUCCCCAUAUCCCUUGAUUCCUUUAGCCCUAAGUGCUAAAUCUAAUGCCCCUGUCCCACUUAGGAAACAUGAACGGAAACCUCUGGAGACUUUGCGCCCCACCCAAGGUUUCCGUGCAGUUCCCGGUGGUUCCUGGAGGUUUUUGUCAGUCUCCCUACCUGCUUCCAUUACCUGCAACCACCUGCAACCUCCAGGAACCGCACGGA